AUGGCAUUUGGUGUUAUUCUAGAUGGGACGAAUAACAACAAGAACAUGACCAGGAUUCAACCAGCAGCCGAAAUGAUUCAAGAGAGCUGGUUCAAGGAUGCAGUCAAUCGGGUUGAUAUCGAUCUCUUUGUAUUCAUCGGACACAAUCCAGGCAAGCCCGGAAUUCCUAAGAGUGAAAGUAGCUUCCCUCUUCUCAUGAAGACUCUCCGAGACACGCGCCCUGAAGUCCCCGUACAGGGAUUUGGAGGCCAUACGCACCGUCGCGAUUUCCACGUCUAUGACAAGAAGUCAUCGGCGAUAGAAUCUGGCAAAUAUUGCGAUACAGUGAGCUGGAUUUCCUUGGAUGGCAUCAAAACACAGCCACUCGAAGCACGAGCGACACGACCCGAGGCCAGCUACAUGAUCUCCGAGGAGCCAGCAACGGUGGAGUCAACUGACGCGUCUUGUCCCAAGAAAAAAACAUUUGAGAUGAAAUUGACACGGUGGUACCUGGACUGGAAUCGACUCACCUUCUCUUACAAUGCAUCCGGAUCUCAAAAAAAUUCAAAACUGCCAACGGACUCAACGUGA